UUCUGGAGCGGCAGUUGGAGCGGGGAUCGGCUCAGCAAUGGCGACCAUGGCCUGUAAGGCGAGGAGAGAAACGACAGCGAGGCGGGCGAACAUUGUCGACGGUGAGAUUACAGAAGAAAAAGUCGUAAUAAAGACGAUAUUUUAUACUGGAAACAGUGGUUGCGCGGAGGUCGUUCCAAGAGGAGCCUUGGCCGAGCGUAUCCCGUCGCGCAGUCAUUCAGUUCUGCGCAUUCACAGCUUGGAAUACGGGUUAUCUGGGGAUUCAACUAUUAUUACACAGGCCUCAACUUCUUCCAUUAUCCCGCGUCACGGCCAAGACGGAUCGACAGAGCGCUCAGGCGAGUGGAAAAGGUUCCGCGUUGGUAUCAAGAAGGCCAGGAA